AUAAAUAUCCCCCUCCACUCUUUCUCACAAAAGGGUUACUUAUAUAAACACAUUAUGGCGACAGGAAAAAGAUCGUUUGACAUGGCAGGAGAAGGCUCCAGUAAACGAGCCCGUUUUGACAAAAAAGCAAAAGCAAGAGCCGAUGACGAUAUUGAAUUCACGCAUGAAGAUGAACUAGAAGGCAAGAAAUCACGUCGUGGAGCCGUUAAUUUCGACGUCUAUGACAGCGAAGAUGAAGAAGUAGGUGGAGGUGUCUUUAGCAGUGACUCUGAAGAUGAAGGAAAAGGAAAAGAAGAGGAAGUUCCUGUAGCAGCGACAGAAGAUUUUGAUAUGUUUGGUGGCGACCCAGAACCCGUCAAGGGUAAAACUAAAGUAGAUACACUCAAAGAAAUUGAAGGACAGGAAUUCAAUUCGUUUGACCGUGAGGAAUCCGAUGAAUCGGACGUGGAAGAUGGAAAGAAGAAGGAAGGCAAGAUUUCUGCUUUUAACAUGAAUCAAGAAUUGGAAGAAGGAAGUUUAGAUGAUAAAGGAAAUUAUAUCCGUAAUAAAGUGGAUCCUCAAGCAUUUCAUGAUAAAUGGAUGGAAGGCAUUUCUCGUAAAGAUAUGAACAAGGCCAAGGAAGCACUUCAGAAACGUGAACGCGAUGAAGCAUUAAAGGAAGCAGAAAGACAGUCCAAUAUUCCUCAGACACAGACAGAUAUUUAUCGUGCUUUGGUGGAAUAUUUAAAACCAGGUCAAACAGUACAGGAGGCAUUAACCAGUUUAGCUAACUCUUUACCCAAGAAAGUGCCAGCAUGGAAACAAAAAAUGUUGGAUAAAAAGAACAAGAAUAAAAAGCCUCAAGAUAUUCCAGUGACACUUACCGAAGACGAAGAAAACGCGAGACGACAAAAAGUCGAGACCAUUACAGGUUUAGCAGACCAAAUGAUGGCAUUAGGCCAUUUUAAUAUAUAUGAAGAUACGUUUGAAAUUAUGGUGCGUCAUUUAAGAAGAGAAGGCAUUGUUUCCCAAGAUUGGUUACCCGAGAAUAAAUAAUAGAUUCCCCCACCCGUCUAAUAUUUAUACUACAUUUUAUUUAUUUUUAUUAUCUUUUUUUAUCAAGGUUUUCCAUUAAAUUUAUUUUCUAAUUUCUCCCAAGCCUUGUAAUAAUUCUCUUGCACUUUACCACAUGUCUCUAAUCCCCAAGGUGUAAGUGACAACAUAAAACAGGUCUCAAACAUGAACGCUUGAUUAUUGGCUCCCACAUAUACUGGCUUUAAUUCAGCUUUAGAGGCACCUUCAAAUACUGCGGCGUCAGGGCCGUGAGGUGUCAUGGCAGAGUGAAGUGAGCCACCACCAGGUGAAAAUCCGUCAGUUUUACCAUCAUAGUCUCCAUUGAUU